CGGUGUGGGGCGGGCGGGCGCUGCGGCGGCCGGGGCGGCUGCUUCCUCGGGCCAUUUUGCUGAGGAGCUACGGGGAGGAGGAGCUGCCGAGGAGACCCGCGGCGAGGAGCGGCGAGCCGGGGGAGGCGGCGGCCGCGCGCGCACCGGGCUUUCCUCGAUCGCGGGGAUCUCGAGGGGCGAAGGGAUCGCCGGGGAGGGGGACCGAAGAGCCGCGCCCGCCGCGCGGCGCGCCCCUUCCCGCCCCCUGCACCAUGAGCUGGGGCACCGAGCUCUGGGAUCAAUUUGACAACUUAGAAAAACACACACAGUGGGGAAUUGACAUUCUUGAGAAAUACAUCAAAUUUGUAAAGGAAAGGACAGAGAUCGAACUCAGCUAUGCAAAACAACUCAGGAAUCUUGCAAAGAAAUACCAACCUAAAAAGAACUCGAAGGAGGAAGAAGAGUACAGGUACACGGCAUGUAAAGCCUUCCUUUCCACCCUGAACGAGAUGAAUGAUUACGCGGGGCAGCACGAAGUUAUCUCCGAGAACAUGACCUCCCACAUCACUGUGGAGUUAGCCCGCUACGUCCAGGAGCUGAAGCAGGAGAGGAAAUCGUACUUUCACGAGGGGCGGAAGGCACAACAGCACAUAGAGAUCUGCUGGAAACAACUCGAAUCCAGUAAAAGGCGGUUUGAACGGGACUGCAAAGAGGCGGACCGGGCGCAGCAGUACUUCGAGAAGAUGGACGCCGACAUCAAUGUCACCAAGGCCGACGUUGAGAAGGCGCGCCAGCAAGCUCAGGUGCGGCACCAAAUGGCCGAGGACAGCAGAGCCGAUUACUCGUCGAUUCUCCAGAAAUUCAACCGCGAACAGCACGAGUACUACCACACUCACAUCCCCAACAUAUUCCAGAAAAUACAGGAGAUGGAGGAACGGAGGAUAGUGAGGAUUGGGGAGUCGAUGAAGACCUACGCGGAGGUCGAUCGGCAGGUGAUUCCGAUCAUUGGGAAAUGCUUGGAUGAGAUAGUAAAGGCGGCCGAAUCGAUCGAUCAGAAGAAUGAUUCACAGCUGGUAAUAGAAGCGUACAAGUCCGGGUUUGAGCCUCCCGGCGACGUUGAAUUUGAGGAUUACACUCAGCCCAUGAAGCGCACCGUGUCGGAUAACAGUCUCUCGAACUCCAGAGGAGAAGGCAAAGCAGAGCUCAAAUUCGGUGGCAAAUCCAAAGGAAAGUUAUGGCCAUUCAUCAAAAAAAAUAAGCUUAUGUCCCUUUUAACAUCCCCCCAUCAGCCUCCCCCUCCUCCCCCUGCCUCUUCCUCACCCUCUGCUGUUCCCAACGGCCCCCAGUCUCCCAAGCAGCAAAAGGAACCCCUCUCCCAUCGCUUCAACGAGUUCAUGACCUCCAAACCCAAAAUGCACUGCUUCAGGAGCCUAAAGCGUGGGACUCAGUCUUUCUGUUUUCACAAAGAACUCAUGAAGAGGACACUAGGGAAGCCCACGUGUGCUUUUGAAGCUAGGGACUAUGUUCUUUCUCUCAAGCUGGGCGCGACGCCAGAGGAUUUCAGCAACCUCCCGCCGGAGCAGAGAAGGAAAAAGCUGCAGCAGAAAGUCGAUGAAUUAAAUAAAGAAAUUCAGAAGGAGAUGGAUCAAAGAGAUGCUAUAACAAAAAUGAAAGAUGUUUACCUAAAGAAUCCUCAGAUGGGAGACCCAGCCAGUCUGGAUCACAAAUUAACAGAAGUCAGCCAAAAUAUAGAAAAACUGCGGCUGGAGGCCCAGAAAUUUGAGGCCUGGCUGGCCGAGGUGGAAGGCCGGCUGCCAGCACGCGGCGAUCAGGCCCGUCGCCAGAGCGGACUGUACGAUGCCCAGGACCCGGCCACGGUCCCCAACUGUGCUCAGGACCGCGAGAGCAGCCCAGAUGGCAGUUACACGGAGGAGCAGAGUCAGGAGAGUGAGGUGAAGGUGCUGGCCGCGGACUUCGACGACGAGUUUGACGACGAGGAGCCCCUGCCGGCCAUCGGGACUUGCAAAGCCCUCUACACGUUCGAAGGUCAGAAUGAAGGAACCAUCUCGGUGGUUGAAGGAGAAACACUGUACGUCAUAGAGGAGGACAAGGGUGACGGGUGGACCCGCAUCCGGAGGAGCGAAGAGGAAGAGGGCUACGUCCCCACUUCGUACGUCGAAGUCUAUUUGGACAAAAAUGCCAAAGGUGCUAAGACUUAUAUUUAAUACAACUUAAAAAAAAAAACUUAAAAAAAAAAUGGCGGUGUCUGUCCCCACAGCUGUGACGGUUGCAGGCAGAUCUUCACCAGUCCGGAUGGAGGACACCGGCGGCGUGUCGUCGGGCCGCACGCGGUGGGCGCGUGGGCGUCUUAACCCCCGACUUUCCCUGGCUGUAGUUUUGACCAUAACCGAGUGUCCCUGGCUAACGAAACUGUGUAGAAAGCUCCAGCUGCCAACUUACCAUUCUGUCGUUUGAAACCCACAAGCGUUUCCUCCUCCGGCCAGAUCUGUAGGCUUCCAGAGAAAAAGUGGCCCUUCUGGCUUGCGGUCGGUAUUUCCGCACUGAAAAGUCCACACGCGUCAGAACGGGGCGCGUGAGACUUCAGCCCUCCCGUUUAUGGCCCGCGUCUGCGGCAGAUUGAACUACCUUAGGGCGUUCCGUUUUGUAGCUUAAUACAUUGAACUUCGCUAGUUUGUUAGUUUGGUCUUCCAGUCUUCUGCUUUGGAGGAAGUCCAAAAUAAAACCUCCCCCUUCUUGAGGAAAGAAUAAGGAGAUUCUUACGUUGGUACUAAACUGUGUCUUUUUCCGUAAACAUAUGAUUAUCCCGAUCACGUCUGCGCGAUCCCAGACGACCCACCGAAAUCUGCAAAAGCUCAGUUCACAGUUAACUAGUUGACUUUAACGUCAGACCACCGAGCUCCCCGCCGUGUCGCUGACAGAGCCCAUCAGAUGUCCUGGUGCUGUUUCGGUAACAGAAAAACCAGCGAGUCUCUGUUGGAGCAUUCGUGGUAAAUGGGGCGCUGUGCAGCCCCCACGUCCCCGGGGGAGCUGUAAAUAGAACCUGGUGCGCCACCGGCUGUUUCUGGCACGCAGACCCCAACUAAUCGCUUUUCAAAGGUGUUUUGUUUUACCUUAAUCACUGGCACUCUUUAAGCCCCUAAAUAUGACUUGACGGACAGCCGUUGGAGAAUUGCUCGCUUGUUUUGUGUCUUUAACCAAGGCCGGCAUGAAAUAGAGCGUUUCACCGUCUUGAAAGGAAUCUGGGUCACGUGGGGAUUUGCAUUUUUUUUAAUUGGCAAGAUGCGUAGUGAAAUUGAUCACAUGCAUAGACGGGUACCGAGCCCAGUGGUUGUCCCCAUUUCAGGAACCUACCAGAGAACCAGCUCAGAGUAAAGGGGUCGGGCUGAGAUUUUCCUUUUAUUUGGCUUUGAAGAUUGUUUCUUCGCGUCUUUCCUACUUUUAAAUAGGAGAGCAGCUCCUUGCUUUUACACUGUGAGCUCCUUUUAUGAGCUCAAGCCAACUGAAAGCUGACUACAAAAAAAUAAUAAUAAUAAAUAAAGCUGGUUUUAAAAGCAGCCGCAGGUCAGGAGCAGGUGCACCCGGCAGGUGAUACGAGUGCUUGUUGCAGAUUGCGGCAGAAAGUUCCCGACAUUCCCCAAGGACCACCAAAACGGAACUUAGUAGCUGCUUAACGACGGCCUGAUUUGUAAAACUCAUUUUCUUUUGAAAUAAUCGUAGAUUCCCGGGAGUAGUUCCCGUGGGGGCUGCACAGCGUCCCGUACAGAGAGACCAAUUUAGUUUCGUGUGCAUUUAUUCCACUUGUGCUGACGUACUGUUGGUAACGCCAUUCAUCCUGGGCCCCAGACCUCUGAGGAAAAUUCAGUUCCCCUUUUUAUAAAUCCUGCUGCUGGAGCUGAAACCGCAGGGCUCCCUCUGAGUGAGCAGGAGGUCGCCGCGUUAGGCAUGGGCCCACGCGAACGGGAGACCCGAGAUACUAAAAUGAAAGCUUUCUGUCCGAUGAUGGACUCGUUUCCAGACGAUGCCCUGCUUGCGGGAAGCAAAUUAGACGUUGAAGAAGUCUUAAAAUGGCCAAGAAAACGUUAGCCUUUUGAAGCCUCCCUUGGAAAGUGUGACAGUGCAUGAUUCCCCCCCCCCUUGUGGUUGUGCGUAUUUGAUUCAGAAAAGGGCUCAGUUGCGUUGCAGGGGGCCUGGCGGCCCGUUUGGGCGCGUCGAUGACCAUGCCUGGCAGUUGUGUGCCCCAGGCCCUUAGCAGAGGCCGCUCCAGAAUUGCGGACAGCACUGUGACACUGGAGCUUCCGUGGUCAGCGCACCGAGUAUUAAAAGAAAUCCCCAAACCAUUCCCCAAGAAUCAGGAUGGCCGUUUCUCCCAGGACAUGUACUCUGGGAUUCUGUCCCCCAGUUUCCAGCUAAAAUAAGAGAAGGCAAGUAAGUCUCAGCUUGUUUAGGAAGCUCUCUGCUUUGUAGAGACACACUUAGAGGUCACUGGUGUGCGCCAGAACCUGACUUCCCCACUCGGUCUCUGAAGCCGGUCGGGAUCCCCAAAACACCUCCCCCCCCUCCCCGCAAACCAAUUGGGACUGCUUCCUGCCCCCCAGAACUCAAAGCGGCUGUUUUGUGCCCAUGCACGUGUGUGUGUGUGUGUGUGUGUGUGUGUGUUGUCUACGAUGUGACUAUUUAAGAAUUGCCAAAAUAUUUAGACUAGAGGAACGUCCCAAGGGUCCGUUGGAUUGUGACUUCUCUUCUUUUAUGGUUCGGUUUUGUUUUUUAAAUUGCUUUCUGUUAAAUAUGUCCGUAACCCCCUCCUCACCACCGGCCCCCCAAUAUAUUUGUAUAUACUGCAAUUGAAGAACUAGAAGGAUGACUUGAAUUCGUUGUUUUAACGUUUUACUCUUCUGUCUGUUUGUUUUAUUGGUGAUUUUCUGCUGCCUAAUGACCGUUUCUGUUUUUGUAACCGAUGGGGAAGCCGGAAGGACUAGGUCCGCUGCCGGCUGCUCCUCAUCCAGUUUAUUGUAGACACUUGGGCUCUGAGUAAGUUUCGUUUAAUACGGCCACCACCACUGUCUCUCUCUCCUUACGCUAAAAGAAAAGAAUCUGGCACCUUCUGGUUGUACCCUCGUAUCUGCCUCUCUAAUAAACGUAUUUUUCUCAGUG